AUGAACGAAUCCGGCUCGUCCGAGUGCCUGAAAUGCUACGAAGGCACCUUUGCCGACGAAUCUGGGCUUACGCAAUGCAGAGACUGCCCCGCCGGUCGAACCACGAACUUCCAGGGUGCCUUGGACGCGCAAGCUUGCACCUGCAAUGGAGACCUCUGGGAAGGCCAAUGUUUUCGUUGCCAGGAUUCCACUCGUUUCGAGCGCGGUGCGUGUGUGCUGUGCCAAGAAGGUCUGGUUUGCGAAGAAGGCGAAGCUCCGGUGAUCCUUCCAGGCUAUUACGCAACGCCAGAAGCUCCUUACGACGUGUACAAAUGUCUGCCAGGAGACAAAUGCCCCGGAGGGGCUCCAGGUGCAUGUGCUGGUGGUCGUGUUGGCGUGCCAUGCACACACUGUCCGGACGGCCAGUCCUUCGAAGACGGGCUUUGCACCCCCUGUGGCAACCUGAGCACUGCAGGAUGGGUGGCGGCCAUGCUCUUCGGAAUGGUGUUUUUAGUAGUUGGAUAUUACCUCAUGAACACAGCGGCGACUGCGAAGGUGAGUAUGAUGUUCGCGACUACCUGUGUGCUCUCGAUGACGAUCAGCAUGCUGCAAAGCGUGGGCAUCGUCGGUCUGAUUUCCUUUGAGUGGCCUUCAGAGCUCGCCUGGAUCUUCGAAGUCAUGAAUCUGUUUCUCUUGGACAUCGAUUCGCUUGGCUUCGACUGCGUGGCGGGCAAUCCAAUCAACCGGUACGGGUUCAGCGUGGCAGCGCUGCCCGGAGCGCUGAUUUGGAUACUGGUGGCGGGACUGAUUACUUGGGUGGUGCCUUGCAUCCCGAAGCAUCGGCGAUUCGAGCUGUCAAAAACUUUGAGCACCAUGGGGCAGGUUGUCCAAGUGACCUUCACCAUCGCCAGCAAGACGGCACUCGAGCCAAUGAUGUGCUACUCCCAUCCGAAUGGCAGACAUGGACUGAUGAAGCACAAUGGCAUCUUCUGCUUCGAAAGCCCCGAGCACACGAGCAUGUUUAUCCUUGGCUUGCUUCUGCUUUGUGGCCUCAUCGCUUUCUAUGCCUUGGCAGUCUUCGGCACGAUGUACGCGCCGUGUGCCGCCAGGAAGGGCAGCGCGACGUUUCUUCAGUCCAUCCGCUUUCUGAUUGCGCGCUUUCGAGUGGACUAUUGGUGGUAUGGAACGUUCAUGCUCCCUCGAGGGCUCAUGCUGUCCCUUUCCAUCGUUCUGGCUGCUGAUUAUCCUUAUGUGCAGAUGCUCCUCAUCGUCUUCAUUUUGGAGCUGUACAUGGUUGUGCAGUUAAUCGUGUGGCCGUGGAAGCUUCCAGCCCUGAAUCUUUUCGAUGGCACCGUGAGCGUUUGCUUGGUGAUGAUGAUGGUGACCAUGGGGGCCUUCACACCUCCGCUGCCACCGGAGCUGAAGGAGAGCCUGACGAGUGUGUCCAUGGCUAUCAUGGUGAUGCUGCAAGUUGUGGUUCUCGCCAUGGUGGGCGUGACCAUCGCAGCGAUGAUUUACCGUAAUGCACUUGGCGGGUCGAAGGAGUCCGCAGUCUUGGCCCUGGGAAAGGUGCCAGACACUAAGGUCUUAGCACACAAGCUGGCCCACUUCGGGACGUCUCUGAAGGAUCUCCCGCAAAAAGACAUGGUGCGUGUCCUGGACAACUUGUCAGUCUAUGAUUUGCGAAUGACCCAUGCUGUGAUGACGGCUGUGGGUGCAGAGAUUGGCGAUGGGUCGCUCAUGCUCGCCAGCCGUGUAUCGCUAGUAUCACAAAGCUCACGAAGAUCUGUUGACAACAAGCCGGCUGAGAGCGCUGCAGGAAGGAAAGAGGUGGACGAAAUGCCAUCAUCUGUUGAUGCUCCAGACGCGAAGGUCGCUACUGUCGCAACAACGGAGACAGAGCAACUUGGGCUCGAAGGCCCUGCCCAGUCUUGCUGGCUCUGA